AUGGGAAAUAUCAGUAGUAGGCCCGAGGAUGGUUCAGUACUGCACCUGAAGGAUCAAUCCCGUUUCUCCAUCAGCUCCAUCAUUAUCAGCAAUGGUCGCCGCAGAACAGUCCUAACCGUCACUCCUAACGCAUAUCCUGCCGCUCGUCUAGUUGGAAAGCCUGAUCCCAUCGAGUUCAGACCCAUAUCUUAUGUCCAGGAUCCCGAAUCCAUCAACCUAUCAUUCCUUCCCAGGCUUGAUCUCGAAGAUGAACUUGACUUUCAUUUCACCUUUGUGAGCCGCCAAAACUCGGCUCCGCUGCCCGCUACCCCCUCGACUGCCACCGCUUCCGUGGAUACCAACAUCACUGGGUUGACCUUUGCAUAUGCUCAAAACACAAGAGAUUUGGACACUCUAAUCACCAGGGAAUUCCAUGCCGACCCCAAUCUGCAUAAGAAUUCAAAUGUCCAGCUGAUUGGUGAUUUUGCUACCAGCGGAAGUCCUGCAGUCACAUAUGAGUGGCAUUGGAGGUGGAAGCCUCCAAAGUCCUUUGAGGACAAGGGCGGCGGUUGGCGCAACUCCUGCAGCUUUCUCGAGUACGACUCCAGGGCACACAGACUGAAUACCCUAGCUUCUUUCUCCUUCUGGGUCAACAACAAUGUCCCCGUGGCUAUGACACCUCUCGCUUCCCCGGGCUUGGAACUCAUAGUCCCAACCCAGAGGGCUCGAAUGCCAUCCUCGCAGUCCUAUCAAUCUACUGUCAGCGAUACCGAGGGACCAACCUCGAUGGAUUAUGCAAACCCGCCAUCUCCUCACAUUCAGUCGACAGAAUCUGCGCCCAAUGCCCCACCGAUCAUACAGCCACCGCCAGUAAUCGAUGUUCAAUGUGCACGGCCUGGUGAUGAUGUGAGUGCUGUUGAAGAUGGACCUGUGUUUAGAGCUACCAUGAAAUCUCUAGAACAGAAAACCGGAAACAUGAGAAUACAGAUCAAAAAGGUAUUGAAGCGCGCUGAGGCUGCCCAACAAGCUCAAAGUGAAUACAAUCAGGCGAUGUCUGCCUUUCUUGGGGCAUUACAAGAGGCUUCAGCUUCAAAUGCCACGGCUUUCAAGCCUGCCAUCGAGCAUUAUUUUACAAACAUUGCUCAACGUAUCCUGAAAUACGAAAAAGAGAAUGGAGUCCUGCUCCAAAAGCAAAUCAUCGAUCCCAUCACCAAACUCUAUAAUCUAGACAUCAAGCAAGCAGACACUAAGAAGAAAGAUUUCGAGGACGAAAGUCGCGACUACUAUGCUUAUGUCAGCCGUUAUCUUGGUCAACGACAAGAUUCUCUAAAAGACAAGAAACGGGCUGAAAGCGAUUCCAAAUACCAAAAUAAGAGGAAGAACUUCGAACUCAAGCGAUUUGACUAUUCAACCUUUAUGCAAGACCUACACGGAGGUCGUAAGGAGCAAGAAUUGCUCUCGCAACUCACAAAAUAUGCUGAUGGCCAAACGAAAUCGUUUCUCGCAGCCGCCAAGCGUGUCGAAAGUUUGACCCCAAGGCUAGACGCUCUUGUCAAAGAAGUCCUUGAGGCUGACAAGGAUUACAAGCUUCAAAGAACUGAAAGAGAGGAGAAGCGUCGCAAUCUUGAGAAGAAUGGUCCCUCAGCCAUGGAGCCAGAAGCUGCACAUCAACCUGUGGCUACACCCAACCAGAACUCAGUGCAGAAUGGUACCGCUGGUUAUACUUCUGACACAGAUCUCUCAAGGGCAGAUAGUACAAGCUCACAAUUCGGCGCCUCAUCUGUCAAAACAUUAUCUCCAACGUCUAACUCAAACACGUUCCAUAACAUUCCGACCACAGCACUAUCCACUUCGCCUGGAGCGUCGUCUCUCACACCAACGCCGAGUAAAUUCAAGGGUAUUCGCGACCUUGACGAGACUUCUGUAAUUUCCAGCGAAAAGUCCUCAGGCGGCCAAUACCGGAAAGAAGGGUUGCUAUGGGCUUUGAGCAGACCUGGAUCACAUAUUGAUCCCAAAGGCAUCAAUAAACAGGCUUGGCACAAAUUCUGGAUUGUUCUCGAUCAAGGUAAAUUAUCAGAGUAUAACAAUUGGAAAGACAAGUUAGACUUGCAUCGGGAGCCUAUCGAUUUGCGAAUGGCGUCCGUCAGAAUGGCUCGAGAUGCCGAACGAAGAUUCUGUUUCGAAGUUAUCACGCCCCAAUAUAAACGCAUUUACCAAGCAACGACCGAAGACGAAAUGAACAACUGGAUCCAUUCGAUCAAUAAUGCCUUGCAAAGUGCUAUGGAGUUAGGUACCCAAACCUCACAACCAACACGCAAAGAAGCUAUUGGUCGUGAAUACGGUCAAGUUCUCACUGGGAAAAGCUCAUCACAAUCUGGUCCCCACAGCUAUUCUCAGAAAACGGAGACUUCAGGAGUCGGAGUCAGCCGAAGAAUUACUGUUGGUGCCCGGCCUACGUACACACGUACAAGCAGCAACAGUUACGAUGAGAAUCCCUCCAAACUGCUUGAUCAAAUCAGAAACAAUGAUCAAGGGAAUCAAUUCUGUGCGGAUUGCAAUUCCACUUCAAAGGUUGAAUGGGUUUCUUUGAACCUUGGUAUAAUAUUAUGUAUCGAGUGUGGUGGUAUUCAUCGUUCGCUUGGUACCCAUGUCUCGAAGAUUCGUUCACUCACAUUGGAUGUACACUCGUUCACCAAUGACAUUGUGGAGCUCAUGAUGCUGAUUGGAAAUCGAAUCAGCAAUAUGGUUUGGGAAGGCUUACUGGACCGAAACCUCAAGCCCGCUCCAACAGCGACCCGUGAUCAACGGCUGAAAUUCAUCACGGCUAAAUAUGUUGAGCGGGCUUAUGUUGAACCAGUUGGACAAUAUGGAACUGCCGAUGAUGCAUUAUUAACGUCGAUCAAAAAGCAUGAAAUCCAAGGCGUUCUUCUCAACAUUGCCCGACGAGGAAACGUCAAUGCACAUGAUCGGUCUAGAAACACUCAUGCAGUAUUUCUGGCUUUAGCAGCAGCUGAUCCUGCGCGACCUGUUUCAUCUCACGCAACAAGUCCACAACAAGCCUCAACCAUUAAAGCAUUUGCCAUGGCAGAAUUGUUAGUUCAGAAUGGAGCGGAAAUUCCUACCGAGCCACCUCCAAUCCCACUCUCGACCGCAGCCCAGAUGUAUAUAGAACAGCGAAAUUCGAGGGCGAUAUCUGGGAACGUUAGCGAUACGCUAGGCCCGCUCCCAAUGAUGAUGAAGGCCUCGCCACUUCCGUCUGAUGGUACCAGUCGCCUACAGAAACGUGGCAGCGCCGGUGCCAGGUUCGCCGGCAAGGUGACAGGACUGGGUGAACGAUAG